UCGCAUGUUUUGUUUGUCCAUAUUUGGUUCGGUCUGACAGCAGAGACCGACAAGUUGUCACUUCUUUCGAACUCCCGAGGACAAUGGCGUUCACAUGAAUCACAGAGACAAAAGCACUGUUAGUCCACGCAGAAUCAAUUGCAAGAUGCUCCUCGUCAGUCAGAAUUGAGCGUCUGUAUAAGAGCCAAUACUUCACUUUUGGUCGGGCAGGAACUGGCCAUGUGUUCGCCAUCCUCCCUUUUUGCACACACAUCGAGGGUUCUUGACAAAAAAACCGAAACUGUAUCGUAAGCUUUAUUUGAGCUGUCCCAAAACCCGGUCAUACCUCGCAAACCGCGCCCUCUACCCAAGAUGCGUUCUUAUAAUCUUAUCACAGCUUUACUCACCACAGCCCAAGCCCAUAUGUACUUGCAAAAGCCCGCAGCACUUUCGUACAAGGGAAAUCCAAACACUCUAGAGAAGGAUAUCGACUAUAGCAUAACCUCUCCACUUAGCGGCGCAGGAGCCUUCCCCUGCAAAGGUGCGACAAAGCUGCUCGGCACCCCAUCUGGGGCAAGCGUGGCUACAUGGCAAGCGGGAAGCAAUCAGGAGAUGGUAAUCGUGGGGGGCGCACGGCAUAACGGAGGCAGUUGCCAAGCUUCGCUUUCGUAUGAUGGGGGUAGGUCAUGGAGGGUCAUCCACUCUUGGGUGGGAGACUGUCCGCCUGCGUCCGGCAGUGCCCUUAUUUUCAAGGUCCCCUCGGACGCCCCGUCUGGUGAUAACGUCCUUUUCGCCUGGUCUUGGAUCAACCACACGGGCAACAGAGAGUUUUAUAUGAACUGUGCCGUCAUCAACAUUCAAGGUGGCGGUGGUGGCGAGCCAGUGGCCUUCAACUCUCGCCCCGAACUUUUGGUAGUUAACCUUGGCAAUGGCUGCACGGCCAAAGAAGGCAUCGAUGUCGACUUUCCCAACCCUGGCCCCGGUGUCUCACGGGCAGGCAAUUCGGCGGCCCCACCAUCUGGAAACUGCGGGCCGUCGGGGCCGAAGCGACCGGCACAAGGAGGCGAUGGAAAUCCUCCGGUGUCGGAUCAAGGGCAGCCCUCUGGCAGUGCGCCCUCUACGUCGCCUGAAACUGGCUCCGGUUCGAGUGGCGGCAAGGGUGACCAAGCUACACCAGGAGUAGGUCAGUAUCCGGGACCGCCUCAGGGGCAAAGUGCUGGAUCCGCUGGUUAUACUCCCGGUAACGAUUGGCCAGUAGACUUCAACCCAUGGGGUGAUGCAAGCGAGCUGAGCAUUAGCGCGGUGCUAUCAUAUGGACUGCCUGCACUUGCUGCGGCUGUUGGGGUUUUCUAG